CGAGACCGACACCCGGCCUCGCCAGUCGUGCCAGCCCUAGGCGCACCCCACGCGGGACGGGGACAGUCUGUGGGCAAAAAGGAAGGUCCAGCCCAUUCCGCUUCCGCUGGUCUGCGAGAACCCAUUCUCAUGGGACACAGGUCUAGAAGAGCCUCCCCUUUAAGUGCUAAGCAACAAAAAAAAUUCCACAAAAUGACGGCUGAUGUUUCCAGUGAGACCACCUCAAAAACUAUAUAAAGCAACAGAAAAAUUGCACAAAAUGACGGCUGAUGUUUCCACCUAAGAAAACAGGACGCAGUCUACCGGUCCUCCGCGGUCCCGCCCCGGGCCAUUUGCGCAGACACACAGGAAGGACUCGGAUGUGGUGGAAGUGGAGUGUUCCGGACCCUUUAUGGGAGACACCCGUGGCGUAAACAGAGACCCUACCGUCUGGGGACCGUGUAGGCAGCCCUAGGCCGCCAUGAACCGGCUGCAGGAUGACUACGACCCCUACGCGGUUGAGGAGCCGAGUGACGAGGAGCCGGCUCUGAGCAGUUCUGAGGAUGAAGUGGAUGUGCUUUUACAUGGAACUCCUGACCAAAAACGAAAACUCAUCAGAGAAUGUCUUACUGGAGAAAGUGAAUCAUCUAGUGAAGAUGAAUUUGAAAAAGAAAUGGAAGCGGAAUUAAAUUCUACUAUAAAAACAAUGGAGGAUAAGUUAUCCUCUCUAGGGACAGGGUCUUCCUCAGGAAAUGAGAAGGUUGGAGAAGUUACAGCAAAGUACUAUGAUGAUAUAUAUUUUGAUUCUGAUUCUGAGGAUGAAGACAAAGCAGCACAAGCAGCCAAGAAAAAAAAGAAGAAACGGCACAGGAUUCCAACAAAUGAUGAAUUGCUCUAUGACCCUGAAAAAGAUAACAGAGACCAGGCCUGGGUUGAUGCAAAGAGGAGGGGUUAUCAUGGUUUUGGAUUGCAGAGAUCACGUCAAAAGCAACAGCCUGUUCCAAAUAGUGAUGCGGUCUUGAACUGCCCUGCCUGUAUGACCACACUGUGCCUUGAUUGCCAAAGGCAUGAAUCCUACAAGACUCAGUACAGAGCAAUGUUUGUGAUGAAUUGUUCUGUUAACAAAGAGGAAGUUCUAAGAUACAAGAAUCCAGAAAACAGGAAGAAGAGGCGGGGCUAUAAGAAGAUGCGGCCCAGCCAUGAAGAGUCUGCAGGGCUGGCAGAGACGCAGGUGGAAGAGAUCUAUCACCCAGUCAUGUGCACAGAGUGCUCCACUGAAGUGGCUGUCUAUGACAAGGAUGAAGUCUUUCAUUUUUUCAAUGUUCUAGCAAGCCACUCUUAAACAACGAAACUGGUAAAUAAUUGCCCGGUGCUGUACAUAAGGCAGAUGUGCACACUUAUUUUCCUCUUGUCUAUUCGUGUCAUUCAGUGACACUGAGUUAUUAAAACAGUAUUUUAUUCUUAUGAGAUAGAAUGGU